AUGACAUUCAGAUUUGCAAACUCUCAUAAAAAAGAGUCAGAAUUGAUAAAUGAUGAAGAGUUUUCAGCUUUGGUGAGUCGACUUAUAUUUUCAGCAGGAGUUGAUGAUGAAGGACGGCCUCUUGUUGUUUUAAAUGCAUCUAAUUUUCCUGAUUCUAAAGUUGUUGAUUAUGACGAACUUCUUCGGCGUAUGUUGCUUGUUAUGGAUACGUUCGUUGAUGAAAAUGAUUAUUCGGUAAUAUUGUUUGCAGGAGGGGUACAACACCGACCUAGAUGGAACUGGUUAUUUCAAGCGUAUCAGUCUCUUGGACGUAAGUAUCGAAAGUAUAUUAAAGUGCUUUAUAUUGUCCAUUCAACAUGGUGGAUUCGAGUUAUGUUGGAUUGUAUGAAUCAUUUAGUGAGUCCUAAAUUUUCUCAAAAGAUGAUAUAUGUUUCUACGUUAAGUGAGCUAGCUAAGUUGGUACCAUUUCGGCAGAUUAAUGUUCCUCCUGAUGUAUAUGCUCACAAUUUGAAAUACGAAUCACAUAUUACUUUGUCAGAAAUGUCUUCUGAAUCUGUUUCUCAAAUGUUUGGAUUAAGUUUAUCACAAGUUAUGGGUAAUGAGGGUGAAAAUGGUUUACCAAGAGUUGUGAAGGAUAUUUGUGCGUAUAUUAGGGAAGAAGCUUUAAUGGUGGAAGGGUUAUUUCGUCGAUCGCCAUCUUCUAUUUUGCUGAAGCAAGUUCGUGAAGCGUAUGAUCGUGGCAAUCCCGUGACAUUAUCUGAAUACGGUCCUCAUUUGGCUGCUGUUUUGCUGAAACUAUAUCUUAGAUCUUUACCAGAACCUCUUUUUACACAUAAUUUAUAUCCUCUGCUUAGAAAAAUAUCUGAUCGAUCUUCUAAGAACGUUUUAUUUAUUCGAAAUACAUUACUUCCAAAGCUCUCUACACCAUCUGUUAUUCUUUUGGCUAAUAUAUGUUUAUUGCUUCAUGAUGUUUCUUUGCAUUCUAAGGAGAACUUAAUGCAUCCACGUAAUCUUUCUAUUUGUAUUUCACCAACUCUUGUACGGCAUCCAACAGAUCCUCUUCUUGAUGUUCAACUAUGCAAUCUUGGAGGUGGUCUUGGAAUGAUGAUGGUUAUUGCCAUUGAAAGUACAUAUGAUAUCUUUGAUUUUGUUUUUCCUUUAAAUUCCGAAAGUUCACAGUCUGAUAUGAUUCAAAAGAUACCUGAACCUUUACAUACCGAAAUGGUACAAAAGAUGCCUAAAACUUCGCAUAAUGAAAUAGUACAAAAGACACCUGAACCACCACAUAAUGAAAUAGUACAGAAGGCAUCCGAAUCUUCAUGCAAUGAAAUAGCGCAAAAGAUGCCUAAAACUAUACAUAAAGAUAUGGUACAAAAGACGCCUAAAACUUCACAUAGAGAUAUGGUACAAAAGAUGCCCAAAACUUCACAUAGUGAAAUAGUGCAAAUGACAUUUGAACCUUCACAUAAUGAAAUGGUACAAAAUACAUCUAAAUCUUCAUAUAAUGAAAUAGUACAAAAGAUACCUAAAAUUAUACAUAAAGAUACGGUACAGAAGAUGCCUAAAACUUCGCAUAGUGAAAUAGUACAAAAGACAUCUAAACCUUCACGUAAUGAAAUGGUACAAAAUGCAUCUGAAUCUUCACAUAAAGAUAUGGUACAAAAGAUGCAUAAAACUUCACAUAGUGAAAUAGUACAAAAGAUGCCUAAAACUAUACAUAAAGAGAUGGUACAAAAGAUGCCUAAAACUUCACAUACUGAGAUAGCACAAGGAAUUCCUGAGACUAUACAUACAGAGGUGGUACAGGAAACUUUUGAAUCCUUUAUACCGGGUCUCGUAGAUUCUGCUCCUGCGUCAUAUCUUUCGCAAGUUUUUUCCUCAUCUUCUAUCUCAUGUGUAUCGUCAUUAACACCGGGACAAUCGAGAAAGUCUAUAUCUUUACCCGAAUCACCUUUAUUUAAUGGUGUUGUUUCUCCAUUAAAGCAUGAACCUAUAAAUGAAGGUUCUUUUUUAUUAGCAAGUAAGCCUAAUAGGUCUUCAAAUUUGACAAUUAGAAGGCAGAAUCUCUCGUCUUUAUCUAAUCUUUCUUCUACUUGCCGAAGAUCUAAAACGAUCUCUGUGCAUGAAAUGUUUAAUCCUAAAUUAAGAUCUGGAAUCGAUAUAUCUCCUAAUGCGAAUUUCUCUUUAAUUGGAUCUAAUCCUUUGAAAGUGAAAACUGGUCUUGUGGAAAGUUUGAGGAAUUUGUAUGAAGAAAAAUAUAUUUCAAAAACUUCUAAAGAUUUUAAUGUUCCAAAAUUCCAGGGAAAACGUGUUAUCAUUUAAAGGAUAAAUUUUGAAUUUCUUAUAUAGGUUAUUUUAAGAAUUAUGU